ACACCCCAUCGGACGUCCAAUGCACACAGCCUUCACACACCAGCAGCUGUUUAAUAACACUCGGCCGCUGUUGACAUAGACCGGUAAACAUAACAAUAUCCUUUUGUCCGCGGCCGCUUUGGCGCUAAUCGGUAUUGUCCAGUGUUGCUACCUUAUGUCGUGGUACGUGUUAUGCUAAAUAUGACUGAGCGGUUUUUGAAUUUGAAUUUGGACGGUCUGAUCGGAAUAACGCGCCAUAGGAGCGGAUUAUCGGGUGUGUGCCGAGUGUACGGCUAGUGUGUGUGUGUGGCAAUGUGGGGAAUGACCGGGGUUGGUGUGGUGGCGGUAUUGUCCAGCGUGAUACUCUGUGGAUGUUUGGUCGAUGGUCAAACUACACAAUGUUCCAUUCCGAACUACCGGGUGAUGGCCAUUCCGCUUCCCGGAUUCACCAACGUGUACACAAAUGCCACGGGAACGUAUUACACUGGAUUUGUCAUAGAUCUCCUGUAUGCCAUGGCGCGGGUAGCCAACUUCACUUUCACUAUAUCCCUGGGCAAUCCCAGUGAUUUUGGUCGGACCACAGGACAGGCCAGCAGCGGAGGCUGCUUUGGCGGUGGUAUUGGCUCCCUCCAGUCUGGUGGCUUCGACAUCCUGGCUGCGGCAAUGGACUACGUAUACGGCUACAACACCGCCGUGGAUUUCACCGCGCCCAUCUUCCGCUCGGACGUACAGUUUAUCUACAACACCUACACCGGCUUGGCCAACUCGUAUUACAUGGUGAUAGGCAAUACAGCUGGACGCGAUCUUUUAGAGAAUUCCAAGGAUCCCACACUAAUGGCCAUCUGGGCCAAUAUACAGAAAUGGCUACCGACAUCCCUGCCCAACACGUACGAAGAGGCCAUCGCUCUGGUGAAGAUGGGCGGCUGGGCGCUCUUCGGUCGGACACCGCUGAUCGAUCAGGCCGUGUGUGAUUCCUACGGACAGAUCGCCAAGGAUCCCAAAGUGUACAAACGGACCUAUGCGUCAUUUGCUGUACAGAAAAAUUCAAAUAUCCUUUCUAAAUUAAACCUGGCCAUUCUGCAGUUGCAAGGUGAUAAUACCAUCGAUAAUCUUUUGUAUAAAUGGUUUCCCUGCUCCAAUUUUGCUUGCUCGUAAAUCAUAAUCAUUAAUACAGUAGAUCGACUUAAGCACUUAAUGCCUUUGUACAAACUACAAACGCGCGAUUUUGUCAGUCUUGUGAAGUUGUGAUGCAUCUUUGGUUAUAAUGAAAAUUCGUCGAAAAAUGCACUUAGUUGUUUGUGCAAUCACUGCAAUGAUCCUA